GCAGUCUCCGCUCAGGCCGCAGUGUGUGUGUGUGUGUGUGUGUGAGUCUCUGCGCUGCGGGUUUGUUUGAGAAUCCCAGCACCGCCCGAGAGAGAGAGAGAGAGAGAGAGAGAGAACACAGAGCCCAGUGUGUGUGUGUGUGUGUGUGUGUGAGCUGCUGCUGCUGCUGGAGGGAGAAAAACACGGAGCAGUAACAGUCACACCCUGCUCGCGCGUUACGCACGGCACGUACAGAGAGGGACCGAGUGUGUGUGUGUGUGUGUGUGUGAGUCCGGACCGAGCGGGACACGGGACAGCGGGGACAGCGGGGACGGACCAGAGCGCGAGCACGGAGGGACAGCGGAGCGGGGACAGGCGCGCGCGCGCGGCGCGGAGCGGGGACUCAUCCCACUCCUCCGGUCUCUUUGAUGUUCGGAGGGACGCCGACAGUGUGGGUCUGAUCCCCUGCACACACAGAAUGUCCUGCUUUGUCUCGCGUCCUGAACCUGUUUCCUGAGGAACCUUACAUCAUCAUCAUCAUCAUCAUCAUCAUCAUUAUUAUUAUUAUUAUUAUUGAUGAGGAGGAGGGAGAGACAUUUCAGUGUGAGGACAUAAAGGAGACAGGGACAGCUUGGCUAUUUCAGUCCUUCUGCCCCGGAGAGACGUCUGGGUGAAGAUCUGUCUGCGGAGGAUGGGAGAGAGACCAGGAGCGGAGAAGACGACGGUCUCGGGAAGACGCCGUCCUAAAGCAGGGCAGUGAUGCCGGGCAUGGUGAUGUUUCGGCGGCGCUGGUCAGUUGGCAGUGAUGACCUGGUGCUGCCCGCAUUAUUCCUCUUUAUACUACACUGCAUAUGGCUGGUGGUGCUCUCGGUGGUUCUGUUCGGGCUCCCGUAUGGUUCGGAUCAGUCCUGCUCCGUCACGCUGGUGGACCACGGCCGCGGCUACAUGGGCAUCCUGAUCAGCUGUCUGAUCUGCGAGAGCGCCAUCAUGUGGCUUAGCAUGAGAGGCAGCAUCCUUUACACACAGCCCCGAGACGCCGUGCAGUACGUGCUCUAUAUACGGCUCGCCAUCCUGCUGGUAGAGUUGGUGUACGCGGUGGUCGGGAUCGCUUGGCUGGUGCAGUACUACCAACCCUGCUCUGAUGUCACGGCUAAAAACCUCGCUCUUGGUAUUGUGGUGUGUAACUGGUUAGUGAUCUUCAGUGUGUGUUUCACUAUGAUGUGCACCUUCGACCCCACGGGAAGAACCUUCGUCAAGCUGAAAGCCACACGUCGCCGCCAGCGCAACCUGACCACAUACACACUCCGACACAGGUUAGAGGAAGGUCAGGCCAGCAGCUGGAGUAGGAGACUCAGGUUCUUUAUGUGCUGCACCAGAGCUAAGGACACACAGUCUGAUGCCUACUCGGAGGUGGCGAGUCUCUUCGCCGAGUUCUUCAGGGAUCUGGACAUCGUCCCCAGUGACAUCAUUGCCGGCCUGGUGCUGCUCCGGCAGAGACAAAGAGCUAAGAGAUCUGCUAUCUUGGACCAGCCAAACAACGACAUCUUAGCCUUCCUUUCUGGGAUGCCGGUAACGCGUAGUACACGCUACCUGGAUCUGAAGAACUCGACGGAGAUGGCCAUGUAUAAGGAGGUGUGUUACUACAUGCUGUUCGCCAUGGCAGCGUACGGCUGGCCCAUGUACCUGCUGAGGAACUCCACCUGCGGCCUCUGCAGGCUCCUCAGCUCCUGCACCUGCACGUCUGGCUCCAGGUCUCGUCUCUCCCAGUCUGUAACAGUAGAGGAGGACAACUGCUGCGGCUGUAACGUCCUCGCUAUCCGCCGACAGUUUUUGGACCGGGACCUUAAACAGGUUCAGAUCGUCUACACAUCCUGCCAUGAUGCGGUUUACGAGACGCCGUUCUACGUAGCGGUGGAUCAUGGAAAGAAGAAAGUCGUAAUUAGCAUCCGAGGAACGCUUUCACCUAAAGAUGCCCUGACUGAUCUCACUGGAGACUCGGAGCGGUUGCCUGUUGAGGAACAUCACGGUGUCUGGCUUGGGCAUAAGGGAAUGGUUUACUCAGCGGAGUACAUUAAGAAGAAGCUGGAGCAGGACAUGAUUCUGUCCCAGGCUUUUGGCAGAGAUUUGAGUAAGGGGACGAUGCACUACGGGCUGGUGAUCGUGGGUCACUCUCUGGGCGCGGGCACCGCCGCCAUCCUGUCCUUCCUGCUCCGCCCUCAGUACCCCACGCUGCGCUGCUACGCCUACUCUCCGCCCGGGGGCCUGCUCAGCGAGGAUGCGAUGGAGUACUCAAAAGAGUUUGUCACCUCAGUGGUGCUGGGUAAAGAUCUCGUCCCCAGGAUCGGCCUCUCUCAGCUCGAGGGUUUCCGUCGACACCUGCUCGAAGUGCUGCAGAAGAGCGAUAAGCCGAAGUGGAGGAUCAUCAUAGGAGGCACUAAGUGUAUCCCCAAGACGGAGCUGCCGUUAGAGGACGACCCCCCGUCCCAGGGCGUGACCCCGUCCACCUCCCGGCUGUGUCUCCACCCCAGUGACCUGAGCAUCGCCCUGUCUGCCUCCACGCCCCUCUACCUGCCCGGGCGCAUCAUCCACGUCGUACACAACCACCCGCCCGAAACCUGCUGUGGUCAGGAGGAGCCCACCUACUCGGCUCUUUGGGGCGACAACAAAGCCUUUGAUGAGGUCAUCAUCUCUCCGGCCAUGCUGAAUGAACACAUGCCUCACGUGGUGUUGGACGGCCUUAAUAAGGUUUUGGAGAACUACAACAAGGGCAAGACGGCUCUUCUGUCCGCUGCUAAAAUCAUGGUGAGCCCAACCGAAGUGGACCUGAACGCCGAGACCUACUUCCACGGCGUCUCCAACUCCCACGAGCCCACGCCGCAAACCCAGCACCGCAGGAACAGCAGCGUCCGCUCCUGCGCUCGAUCCGAGAUUUCUCUGGAUGGUUUUUCGGAGUGCCCUCCUCCAGCCGUGCCUGUGGUGCUGAUGGGCGCUCGUGAGCGCUUGGCCCUGGAGCUGCGAGAGCGAAAGGCUCCGUUGGCGGUCAUGGAAAGCCUUUCGGACGUCGACUCGGUCUACAGCAUGGACUCCCGCCGCUCUUCAGCUGCUUUCAGAGGAUCACCGUGUCUCGGAACGCUCCCUUUCCCGCUCGACGCCCCGAUUCCUGAAGAGAAUCCAUCCCUGAGCUCACGAACUGAGCUAAUUCAGGCCUCACCUGAGCGAGAACUUUUGGGCCAAACCGGGCCUUGCUGCCCCUCACCACCAGAACUCGCAUUACCUCCCAGUGAAAGCCACAGCCUCUCUCCAGAACUUGCGGUACCUUCUAAUCAAGGCCGUUCCCUUUCUCAAAUCAACCGUGGUGGCCAUUUUACCCGGUUUGCAUACAAACACACGGGUGAGGGUCAGACAGGCCAGCAGAAGGCACUUUUACGCUCCAAAUCGGAAAGUUUUGAAGUGGUUCAGAGGUCUAACAGCAAGAACUCAAGUCCUGUGGUACCCUGGACAGGGAUUACAAAGAAGCAACGAGGAGAGAAUACAAAAACUGAUGGUGUGAAGAAAGAGGUGCGAGUAACUCCACUGUCCAACGGAAACACCAGUCAGGCAGUGCUGGAGUUUGCUCAGUACCUGGAUUCCCUUUUCAAGCUAGACGGAAGCGACUCUCUUCCUCUGGACAAUUCUGACGCAGAGUCCGAGUCGGGACGUGGCUCUUCAGUUCAGACGGAAGAACAGCGCAUGGAGGAUUUGGAUAGCGAGCAGCAGCUACUGGCCAGAGCCACACUUGAGCCUAACCUCGUCCCUAAGCCUCCUCGAACCUUUGCCGGCUCCACCGAACCCGAGUCCGGUGUCUCUCUCUCUCCGUCCUUCCCUUUAUCCUCGUCCGGAGAGAUGAACGACCUCUCGCCUGUCAAUCACACCGUCCUACGGACUCCCGCUGCUUCCUCUUACGAAGAGAACACGUUAUCAUCUGUAGUGUAGUGCGAGACGGACUUCAGAAAAUCGGCUUUUUCGGUGUCUGUACGUUUAAUUUUCCAGUUCUCUCUUCAGACCUCUCUUGAGGUCCUUCCUAACUGUAAAGUGGUGGCAUGGGGGAAUUUGAUCCUCGCUCUAAAAAAGAUGCAUGCGUAGCAACUUGUUCAAGACGUCUAGGCUGAGAAGCAUUCAGAAACCUCAUUUUGUACGACAGGUGGACGUUUAUAUGCCAGCGCAGUCUACAUGCACUGAUUACGAAGGGUUUCUCAUGAAAACAAGGACACACAAAGACGCUUCACACAACAACAUUCUCGUCGAGCCUGAGCUUAUGUUUACAUUUACGUCAAAGCCACCGAACAGCACGCGCAGAGCGGAUUGCAGGUUAGCGGGUGACAAGUCGCGGACGGAGUGAUACUUCCUCAGGGCUUUUAAGAGCAGAGAUGAAAGAAAGAUAGAAAAUUAUUUCUGUGUUUAUACCUUUUGGAUUAAGGACGGCGUGGCGUGUUUUGUUGAGCAUGUGCACAAAGUUUGGGGGCCUUUUUUUAUUUUUACUUUUAAUUUACAACUCUGUUUUGGUGUGCAUGAGAAAAUAUUUAAAAAAUGAAUGCUAAUUUAUAGCUCUUUUUGUCAAUAUUUCCCAGCCAAAUAUGUGUAGGAAAUGACCUGCAAAGAAAAAAACACCUACAUGGAUUUAUUGGUAUUAUAUUUAUUAGUAUUUUUUCAUGUUUUGCCGUAUCAAUGCGCCGCCGUGAGGCAUGCACACCAGGCACCGACUUACAGAAGACUUUUUUUAAUUUAAGUUAAGGAAUCAAAUCAAGAACACGUAGCAGCAACUGGUCUUUUUUAGGGAGUCUCAGUCUCUCUUAUACACACAUACACACACAUAUCUGCAUUUUUAUCAUUUCUACUGCUGUUGCUAUGACUUCUGUUGCGUUACUCAGUGGUUUUAUCUUUAUGAUGAAUAUUUCAGUAACUGUUCCAGUGCGACUUGCCUUUUCUAAAUUUUUUUUCCUGAAUGAUGUGUUUUGAUUUGAAACUUUUUUAUUCUUUUUUUUUAAUAGCAGGAGUUCAUUUUGUGUUUGUAGGAAAACUACAGCAGUGGGACACUUUCAGCACUAAACCUUUUUAAAGUAAGUGCCCCCCUCCUGAUAUGGCAUUAUAACAGCACAUGCCUACUUUCAUUCCAUCCAGGCCAGUUUUUCCUCUCAGUGAUAAAAGCUCCAGGUUACUGAUCCUGUACAAAUCCUCACCCUUCGUUCCCCUUAGCGUCCCUCGCUGCUGUACUCUUCCCUCUACGUGAUCGUAAAUAGCUGUUUAUUUUAUGCAAGUAAAUCUCCCAUCUUGUUUUUUUUUUCUUCUUCAGUUUAACUAAAUAAUAAUGAAAUAAAUAUUCCACUUUGA